AUGGAAGACGAGAAAAAAAAGAUCAUUGCAUCUAUCAAUAAUCAAGAUUUAUUCAUACAAUCCUUUAUAGAUAUAUUAAAUAAAAAAAAGGUGUUAUAUAAAUAUGUUUUCCUUUUUAAUAAUUAUAAAUUUAAAUUUAAAAUAGUAUCUACGUAUUAUGAAUAUUUAAUGGUAUGUAAUAAUUUAUUAAGAGAUGUAACAACAUGUAACUUGUUUUAUGAUUCAAACAUAUUUUUUGAUAUGAUUGGUAAAUCCUUUUAUUUUCCAUAUAUAUUAUAUAUAUAUGAACCUGAAACAUAUAAUAAUAUAGAUUCAUCAAAUUUUGAAACUAUAAAAUUUAUAAAAUCAUCUAUAUUAAAUAUUGAACAAAUAAUAUUAAAAGGAAAAGUUAAAAAUCAAAAAUAUUUAAAAAAAAAUUCAAAUAAAUUAAAUAAUCAAAACAAAUAUUCUUUCAUUAAUGCAGAAGAUAUAAAUUCUGAAAUAUCUAAUUAUUAUUUACCAAACAAACAAAAAAAAAUUGUUGGAUAUGUAGAAAUAUAUUUAUUAUUUCAUAUGGCUAGAUUAUUUGAUUCAAGAAUAGAAAGACUUGUAAUACAUAAAGAAUAUCGUAAUAAGUCAUUUGGAUUAUUAAUUAUGUAUAUAUCUAUAUAUUUAUUAAAAUAUAUAUAUCAUUGUAAUAGAUGUGAUUUAACAGUAGAAAAUGAAAUAGCUCUAAAGUUAUAUAAAAAAUUAAAUUUUUUUAAUGUACCUACAAAUGUAUAUAGGUUAAAUUUACAUACUAAUUAUAAUAUUUUAUCUGAUAAUUUUUCUAUACAAAAGGAUAUAGAAAAUGUUCAAACAUUUAUUCACAAAGUUAAUAAACAAAAAAAAAAUAUAUAG